UUUUUAUCAUUGAAAGAUAGUUAAUUCCACAAACAUUUUAUGGAAUUGUUUUAGUGUCGCUAAACCUUACGUAAUCUUAACGUAAUCUUUGAGACAUAGUAGUCAUUAGUAACUGCUUAGAUUUCGUCUAUCGUUAGCACUUUAAAAUUUACAUUUGCAAUCACAUUUGCACGACUCAGUCUUGCAAUUCAUGUUAAUAAUUGUGAGCGUAAAAGAAGCAUCUGAUCAAUAAAAUAAUAAGGGUAGCAAACGUGCGAUGCAAAUGCGUUCUCCCCUCUUAUGGUUGUUACCUGCGUCUUUACUACGUGUCACGCAAUAUCAUUAUUUUAAUGUGUGAUACGUAAAAAAAAUGUGACAAGUAUUACUUUGGAAUACGAGAGAAAUAGAAUGUCAGUUGUAUAGUAAUAUAACGUUACGAUAUGGAAACAGCUAUUUCGCGCUGACGAUUCCUGAUAUUCUAUAAUUUCUGACAGCUUGAAUUUAACAAAGAGUCUAUAGCACAUGUAGCGCGCAUCAUUCGUAUCGUAGCUGCUAAACAGAAAACAAAAUAUUAUGCUGGUGCAUGUUCAACGAGAAUACAAUGUUAAUAAGAUUUUUUUGUCACGCUUAGGUCUUUGGCCGUUCCAAAGUAAACUUGUGAGAAAUUUGUUACCGAUCGUUUGUCUUAUACUUGAAAUAAGUUAUUAUUCGUUCGAGAUUUUAAUGUUGCAUGAUCAUCGAGACGAUUCGCAAAUGGUUUUUGAAAGUUGCUAUCAAUUUGUCAUAACAACCGCUUUUGUAGUAAGACUAUGGAAUGAGGUUUGGAAUCGUGACAAGUUCCGUCGUUUGUAUGAAGCCAUGAACGAUCAUUGGGAUAUAUUCACAAAUGAAAUAGAAGUUCGUAUUUUAAAACAUUAUUCUAAUAUAUCGCGGAAGUUUACGAUAGUUUAUUCAACUAUGAUGUACCUUUUAUGUUCAAUGUUUAUAAUAAUCCCGUUGACACCGACGUUCCUAGAUAUCAUAUUGCCUCUUAACGAAUCGCGUCCACGAAUCUUAGCGAUCGAAGUUGAAUUCAGAGUAGAUACAGACGAGUACUUCGUGCUAAUUUUUUGUUACACUACUGCUAUAAUUGUGGUGGGUGUAAGUAUAAUGGUGGCUGUCGAUGCAAUGCAUUUCACGUGUACCACUCAUGCAUGUAGUUUAUUUUCAAUUGUCGGUGAACAAAUUGAAAAUAUUACAUCGACACAACAUAUGCGAAAGUGCGAAUGCGACUUGAAUGAAGAGCAUGAGUUGUCGAGGAAAGAGCAAGUGUUAUAUCAGCAAUACGUUAUGUGUUUAAAAAAGUACCAGAUUGCAUUAAAGUUUGUCGAUAUAUUGAAUUCAACGCAUCAAACGGUUGCAGUAUUCUUCUUAUUGUUAAUUUGUGCAACCUUAAGUUUGAUUGGAGUUCGAAUCGUCUACGUCUUAGGCCAACUCGAAGAAAUGAUCAGAUUUACGUUUAUAAUUGUAGGAGCGUUAUUGCAACUAUUGAUCAUGUGUUAUUCUGGUCAGAAAUUAAUAGACGAAAGCGAGAAUAUAUUCCAUCGAGCAUACGCAGCGAAAUGGUACUUGUUCUCACCGAGAUUAAAAUCGCUGCUAUUUAUAACUCUUUAUAGAAGUAUUGUACCGUGCAAUUUAACUGUAGGUAAAUUCUGUCCGUUAUCUAUGUCGACUUAUGCGACGGUGAUACGAGCGGCCAUGUCUUACUUUACGGCAUUUCUGUCGUUUAAAAAUUAAUUUAUCCAAAUUCCCAGUCGAAGACAACUCUAGGUUUACUUUAGAACUAUUAUUUUUCGAAGAUAAUUUUAUACAUGUUCACGUGUAUUUUGCAUGCAUAAAUAUAUUUAUUUUAAAAUUUACGAAA